AUGGAUUGCGCAGCACCGAAUGCCACCACCGCGUCAAAUGGUGCAGUGUCAACAGCGCCGGCAAGCAUCGCAUCGAAAAAGCACCUUUUCAUGAUGCAGCGUGCGGAGCGCCUUCGGGACCCGAAGGUGCGGCACAUGGGGAUCGACAAACAAGCCCUCGAUGAGCAGGUUCGCGAGAAGGAGGCCCUGCGACGGCUCGAGAGUGAGCGCAACGAGUUCUACGACCGCCAGGCGCUGUUGAUGGACCGCCAUGCGCAGGCGCUUCAAAAGGAGGUGAAUGAGAUUCGCACAACACGCGAGAAGGAGUUGCAGGAUUACCGCGACACGUUCCAGAAGAAAGAAAUGCGCCGGGAGUGGGACCUCAACGAUCCCAACUGGAAGUCAAGGGACUUGCCCAUUCGCGUCGGUGAUGAUGAUCCACGCACCGGUAUUUCGUCGCUUCAGAAGUUCGAAGGGGAGGACUUGGACUUCAAGAACCGCCGCCGAGUUCAGCAGGGCCAGCAGCGGGACUGGGCUCAGCAGCAGGUGGAGGAGAAGCUCGCAAAGAAGUGGAUGGAACAGGAGGCGAAUCGCAUUUUUGACGAGCGCAACGAAGAGGUCAAUCACCGCGUUUAUGAUGUAGAGCGGAACAUCGCCGACCAGCGCCGAAUUAUUCAGAGGAACCAGGCGGAAUUUAACAAGGCACUUGCGGAGCAAAAACGUCGUGAGGCUAUCCGUGACAAGGAGGAGGACACCGUUAAAGGACUAGAAGAGAUUCGCUACCACAUGGAGGGCGACUUCCUUAAUGAGACGGAAACAAUGGUGAGUGACCUCGGCAAGAAGGUCAAGGCAGAACGAUACAAGGGAAUGACGGCAGAACAGAGGGAGCAGUUGCUGCGCGAUCAAGCAAUGCAGCGUGACGCGAUGCGGCGCCGCCGUCUGCUGGAUGUGGAGGAGGAGAAACAAUGGGCACAGCAGGACAAUCUACAGCUGCGUAUGGCCAACGCUUUGGAAAGACAAAAGGAGCGUGAGCGCCGUGCUGAACGGGAGGCGGUUGCUGCCGAGCAGCAGAAACAGAAAGAAGCGUCAAAAACUCGCCAAAAGCAACUAGAUGAACUAUAUACAAAUGCAGUGGAUGAGGAUUAUUUCAAGUACUGGGAUCUUUGCAUGUAA